GUAACAUGAGGUUUCUCAACGUAGAGUCAAAAGUACACACGGGACAUUCGCUCUGACGAAUACAGAUCGAGUCUUACUUCGUUUUCCCAAAUCCUAAGGUUUCAUUCCUUUCGAUUGCCAACCCGAAUCGAUGAUUUGUCUAGUUUGCCUUGCCGUCUGCCUGUUUUUUGACCGACCGUAUAGCGGUUUUGGAGUCGCGGCUGGAGAAACGUACGAUGGCCUUGAGGUGAGGGAGUUCCUAGCGGGGCAAAACGCUGUUCUUGGAUGCGGGAGUGUUGACAAAGAACAUAAUUUCGAAUAUUGGUUACACAUCGUUUCUAAGAAUGCUAUUGGACCUAAAUUUGAUUUUAACAACGUCAAGUAUGGUUACGAGGUGCUCUCAGGAAAUCUUACCAUAAGGAAUACAAAUAGACAUGACGCAGGAUUUUAUACGUGCGUUUCAAAAGGAGUAAAAUCUGAUUCAACGAAAAUAACUACCAUCAAAGUCAGUGUCGUAGGAGACAUAGGUGAUCCGGAAAAGGAGGUAAACUCUUUGAAAAUAAUAUUGGCUAUUUGUAGCCUUAUCCUAUUUUGUUCCUUCAUUUAUGCAGCCUAUAGAGUAUGGAAAGACAGAUACAUGUACCCAAGAUAUUUAGAGCAAUUUGAUGACGAUGAAGACGUAGAAGAAAAUGUAGAAGAAGUAUACCGAGCUCCAAGUACAUCUGGCAUCAUCAAACAAAGCAUUGUUAAAGAAACACCUAAAGAUUAUGAAAGGCCCUUGAUAAGUACAGAUUUUGAAUCUAUUCUUGAUUCUAAAAUGUGAUAAUAAUGAAAUUCAGUUACGAAAAGAGAUUAUCCAGAAAUAACCACUACACUGAGGUUAUCUUAUAGUUUGAAUAGACAUUAUUAUUUCACAAUUUUAUAUUUUGUUUAUUGUAGUGUUAAAACUAGAAUUUAUUGUAAGUUUUAUCUGAGGUGUAGAUAUUAUUAAAUAAAAUUGUUCCUACAGAAGACAUAUUGAGAAUAUUAUCGA